AUGGUGGACGUGAAGUGUCUGAGUGACUGUGAAUUACAGGGAGAACUUAAGAAGCUUGGAUUUUCACCUGGUCCAAUACUACCUUCCACCAGAAAAGUAUAUGAAAAUAAGCUAGUGCAAUUGUUGGUCUCAUCUCCCUGUGUUUCCCCCAUGAUGAAUGGACUUGGAGAGCUGGAUGAGCCUCAGGAAAGUGAUAACAGUGAAGAGUUUAAUACCACUAUCGUUUUGAAAGGAAAUAUCACACUCUCAACAGAAAAAGGCAAGGGACCCAGGAAAAGGCCCGAGACUGCUACUACUAAACCCAAAGCCCUAGAUUGCUACUGCCUGGAUUAUAACACUUCCAAGGAAAUAAGGUCUGCUGUUGUAAGAAUAUCCAACACCAGAAUCAGAGAAGAGAGCAUAACCAAAGAGAAAGACUGCUUUAAAAGCCAGGAACUAGAAGAGCUUCCAGUGGCUGUUACAUUUGCUGUGCUUUCCAUCUUCAUCAUUGUGGUUUUUAUCUACAUAACAAUGGAAAGAAAGCCACUCUUCGGUUAA